AUCCGCUACAGCUGUCCUUGUAUGUCAUACCAGGGCUAGCUUAUUGCGUACACCGGAACUGCUUAUUGUGUACACCCCAGGCAGUGCACCACAGCGCUCCGCAUUGUCCGUAAUAUUGAUGACCCCUCAACGCGCCCGAUAUUGAUGAAACGACAAGACCACGCGCAUAAUGCGUCACUACAAGUUCUGUCCAACGGAAUCAUUAACCGCCCGGUCUAUCAAUAUCGCGAGGAAGGAUGUUUUGAGGCGGUUUUAUGAGCAUGGGUUGCCGUAUUCUAGGAAAUUAACAGCCCACAAAUCAUGCGUCAACUACCUCGCUUUCUCGAGGCACGACGGUAGAUGGCUCGCGAGCGCUGGAGAUGAUUUUCGCGUGUUGCUUUGGGAUUUUAGUGAAGUGGAUGUGGUGCGUCCGGCGCAUGCUUUUGCUGGGCCUAGUGGAAAUGUAUUGGCGCUUGAUUUUUCGGCUACAAAUCAGUAUUUGUAUAGUGGGGGAGCGGAUAAUGUUAUUUUAAAGUACGAUGUUUCGACGUUGCGGGGGGUUGGCAGUAGCAGUGGUGAUGGGAGAGGUUCGUCGUCUUUCAUCGAACAGUACGGGGAUCACGACGAUAGUAUUCGAGCGCUUACAUGCCAUCCAUACGAAGAUGAGAUAUUUCUCAGCGCCAGCGAAGACGGAAAACUGGUACUGCACGAUGGCCGCGCGGGCGGCAGAAUGAGCGCGGCGCAGGGGACGCUUCAACAUACGGCUGAAUUCACAGGCGUGCAACAUCAUCCGGUUAUGGAGCAUGUUUUUGCGACUUGUGAUGUGCAUGGGCAGGUUUGUCUUCGGGAUACUCGGAUGGCUUUUGGGCCGUUGUCUGGACGGUCGAAUGGUGGGAUCGUGAGAGUGUAUAACACGAAGUUAUCAAGAAAGUCGGCGAGUUAUCUUAGUAAUCCGGAGAGCAGUAGUUUGACUUUUGAUCGUGAUGGAAGCAAAUUGGCUGUGACGUUCCUUCACUAUUACCCGACGGUAUAUGCCUUGUCAGAUCCACACCCCCUGGCUAUAUGCACAGGCCGCAAUGCUCCUGAUGGAACCCCCAUCUCUCCAUCCCAGCGGACAUACACUAAUUCAUGUACGAUGAAAUCGGGCGCGUUUGGUGGUCCUGGGAUGGAUGAAGAUGAUAUGUACGGCGCUGGGUCUGAUGAUUUCAGGGCUUAUGUAUGGAAGAUUCCUCCUUUGCUCACUUUGCAGGGGCUUAGGAAAGAGAUCACCCCUCAUGAGUGGUACAACCAUGAAUGGCCGGAUACUGUCGCGUUUGCGGAAGGCAAGUGGGAGAACAGAUACGUGCCUUUUGAAAUAUCGACGCCGUUAGCAAGACUAAAUGGGCAUAAAUCAAUCGUAAAUUCUGUUGCGAUCCAUCCGUCCUUGCUACAUAUCGUGACUUCGGGUGUUGAACGACAAGUUAUGCUUCAUAGCCCUACACUUUCGUCGCCUGCCGCUCAAAAUCUUCUUCCUACUCCAUCGACCGUGAGGACGCUUCAGCCGCAAGAUCUAGCAGCGCAAAGAACGUUCCUGAGAGCACUUUUUGGGCCGCAUCCGACGCUGCAUGAGGAAAUUGAGGAUGAUGAAGGAGAGGAUGAGACGAUCUCGCUUUUUGAUCAUAUUUUGAGAGAAGAGGGCGAAGCAGACGUGUUUACAGUGAGACGUUGGGGAGAAGAUUCAGGAGAUUCAGACGAUUCAGAUGAUGAAGAUGAAACGAUGAUCGAUGUCUUUGAUACCUCUGAUUCUGAUAGCUCCCUAUAGUUCUGGGUCCAGGCUAUGGUGGCAGUGCACUAUGGAUAAGCGCCUUGUUGUGUCAGACACAGCUUAUUUCCAUUCCGCGAU